AUGCUAACGAGGGCAGCGGCGGCAAUCGCCAUCUCCCUGGCGGCCGUCGCCGCGGCGGCCACCACAAACCACGUGGCAAAAGCAGAGGAGGGCGACGUAGAACCAACGGGGUUCCUGCCAAAGAAGACGACGGUGACAAUCACCAACAUGCUGGAAAACUAG